AUGGUGACUCCGUCAUGGUUUGCGGCAGCACUUGGGGUGGUUUGCCUUUUGAUCACUGCCAAUGCAGCCGUGGACACACCAGAAUACAGACUCCCAGCCACUUCGAGCGAUGAUGACCUCGAGCGCCUCAAACAGUCGGUCAGCACGCGAUAUGGCAACUGGACCGAGUUCGAUUGCACCCAUCCAAUGGUGGUAGACCGCAGUGGCUACACGCCCUCAGAGCGGUGGAAGCAGUUGAAUGCGGAUGCAGCAUGGAAGGAUGUGGUGAGGAUCUGGAAAGAGAUUUAUGAAGACCAAGUAAGCUUCAUGGACUCGGUCACAGUGACUCUCAAGCUCGGGGAGAAUGCCCGGUGUGGGGACAUAACGUCCAAGAGCUGCGACGCGAAAGACUGUCCAAGAGGUGCGGACGGACCGUUGUCCGGACCUGCGGCACAGCUUAUCUGGAACUCGCUGGCGGCGGUUCAUUCUUACCACAAAAAUUAUUAUCGAGCUCUCGACGAGGUCGGGCGGGUUUCGAGUGACGCACUUGAGGAUCUGGAGAAGGAGUUUGGGCCAAUUCCACCCGGACAAGAUACUGAAACCCGACGCUUGAUGCUUACGGACCUCCUCACCCUUGGAUUCCUUUCGACUGCCGGGCCAUUUAUCAAUGCCGAGCUCAGAGGGCGCCCCUAUUUCUUUCAGGAAAGUAGUUCACUUGAGAACCCUAAGGACAUGGCUAUGAAAUUGAUCAGAAGAGAUAUCAAUAUCGCCCAAGAGAUGUUAGACGGUGAUGCACCUUGGUGGAUGCUGUCGUCACAGGCUAACUUCUCGGAGUAUAUGGGUAUGGUAACCUAUGGCUGGGGCGAAGUUGCUUCGCUUAGACUAGCCGAGUUGUUCAGCGGAACAGAAGAAGGACUGGAAGAUCUUUGGAGCAUGAUGUCUAACGGAAAGCUCACCUACGGUGCAUUCGAAAGAGAACCCUCAAAGUCUGGGAAUGCUCAAGAUGAGAUAGAGCUCUAUGUUGACAAGACAUUCUUCGGCUAUGUGAUUCCCGCUUUCUGGAAGGUCUCUAAAACUUACGCCUUUAUCAUUGACUCGGGCUACGGGUGUGAUGACGAUAGGCCGCUCAGCAAUUACCUCGACGCCCGCACAAUGAAUGCCACAGGUGUCUGCCUUGAAGAAAAGCGGUACUACCUCGUAUAUCCGGACAAAGGAAGCAAAUUCUCGACGCCCCCAGGCCUGGAAUCACUCCACAAGGGUAAAUUCGGACGCAUCACCAAAGAAGAGCUGGUCAGGGGAUCUGUCCGCACGUGGAUCAACAAUGGCAAAGAGAACCGCGGCGGCUUUGGGGACCCGAUUGGCAAAGUCACCAUGAAGAAUUUAAUAGAUGGCGACAUCACGGCGCCGGGAUUCAUACGUAUCCCCGUUUGCAGCGCCGAACGCGCGUUUCAAUUCUGGAAGACAGGCAAGAAGGGUUCCAGCGACUUUUAUCCGUGCGAUAUCCCGCCAGGCAAGGACACGUGCCGCGAAUCGACGUUUGAGGACCAGACCAGUGACGCAUCGCCCAGCGUUGAAGAUUGUCUUACUAUCAUCGAGAACAUCGAGGGCGAUGCUAGCACCGACUAUACCCACCAGGUUGUUGGCAAAAGACAUCGAGAGAUUCUCGCGUUCGGAUCUUGUGCUUUUGGCGUGGAGGCUAUCAAGGUUCAUGGCAACGUGAACUUCGUCAUCGGUGGGCAGAAUGUCAUUGAUAUAAUCAGGGACUCUAUCAAGAGGUUCAAUAGGGAUGGGAAGGUGGGAGCGAAGGGAGAGAUGAAAUGCAACGGCAAUAUCAAAGACCAGCCGGUUAAAUGGGGUAUUUACUAG